AUGUCUUUCUUCGGCUUCGAUACUACCCUUCCCAAUAAGAAGGGGUUUUUCGAUAACUCAGAUCCCUUUGCCGAAGUCGCUCGCGCUAGAGCGGCGGGCCAGCAAGACGACGACGAUGCCAUCGAUUUCGAGGACACGUACGAUGGUCUUGGUGACCAACUUGACGAGGACCAGGAUGCGUUCAACGAUGACACGUUCGGUGAUGUGGGUGAAGCCGCCCCCGUAGGCAAGGAUUUCGAUUUCUUCGGUAGAACAGCACAGGUGGCCGAUGCAUUUGGGGAGGAGCAAGUCCGCUACAAUCUACAGUAUCCGGCACCGAGCGAAGGCGUGGCGGAAACUACUACGCAGAAGAACGCGGUUCAAGAGCCCAAACCCAAGCGGACAGGAUACGAGAAGUAUGAGGACCCUGGGUAUAUUCCUGACCUUCAGGCCAAGUCCAGUGUUUGGGGGGUAUCGAAGAAGCCUGAAGAGCCCAUCUACGAGCCACCGGCGGCCAGGAGGAUAUUGAGCCUGGAAGAAGUUGAAGCGCAACUACGCCAGUCGAGUGCUCGCUCAACAUUGCUGGCUCAGCCACCAGUGUCACUACCUCCAGGAAUCCCCGAGCCGCUUUACCCGCCUCAGCAGAUGCCUCUGUUGCCGGAAAUAUUCUCGCAGAUCCCUCCGGAGAUUUUGCAAGCCCAGUUGGCCAAAGGUGUCCCGCCAGCGCAGUUGCUGCAGCAUCUUCCUCAGCCCAUGGUUCCUGAGCCCUAUCCUCUUCCUCCGCAAGCACCCCCCGGCAUCCCGUUGCAUCUCCUCCAGAAUGCCAAUUUUCCCCCGCAGCCCAUGGUCCCUCCCCCGCAGCGACAUGCAGUGCCCCCGAGGCCACUUCAGCAGCAGCCGCCUCUGCCGCCGCAAGCCCUGCAAGGUGCAAACAAUCCUAUGCCGGUGAUAACCAACCCGCAGCAGCUGAUGCAGCUACCGGAAGAGCAACGCAUGGCUUACCUGCUGGAAGAUGCCAAGCGUGCGAAGCGUAACCACAAGAUCUUCCUCCUCUCGCGGUUUAACGGCUUGAUGACCCCGCAGGACAAGAAUUUCAUUACGCGGAUCCAGUUGCAGCAACUGGUGGCAGCUGCGGGAAACGUCGGAGACUCGGAUCCAGAGGCUGUCUUGGCUGAGGAUUUCUAUUACCAGGUCUACAGCCAGAUUCGGGGUGCCCCUCGCCAACAUCCGCACCAGCCUCUCGGUCACUUUGCGCAAACCUAUUUGUUCCAGACUGGUAACCGCUUUGGCGGCCACGGCGGGCGGAGAAACGGUCAGAACGCCGACAACCACAUGCAGCGGAUGCAACAGCAAGUGCAGCGCGCAGUGGAAGCGGCCAAGGCGAAACCAAAGAACAAGCAGCUCAUCAUUGAGGGUAGUCUGGGCAAGAUCUCUUUCAGUAAUGCAAAGGCCCCGAGAACGAUGCUCAACAUCAAACGCCCCGAGAGCUCGGAGGGAGGCAAGACCGCAAAGAAGGCGCAAACCGAUCUGAGCCUCACUGAUCGAAAAUCAAUCCUGAACAGCAUCGAAAAUGUUUACAACAACCUGAUGGCCAUGGAGGACAUGGAGCGUACCAUGCCUCCCCCGCCGGACGAGAGCGACCCUGAGGCAAUUCAGCGGCACAUGGAUUGGCGCCAGAAGGUCCGUUUGCUCAACCAGAAAUUAUGGCAAGCUCUCAAAGUCAUGGAGCCCAUCGUCCCCAAUGCCAACACCCCGCACCCGUUCAUCGCGUUCCUCUCGUACCCCAAGGGCAAGAAAGCUAUCCCCCGUAUCUUCCGCCAAAUCGACCAAGAACAGCGGGUUACUAUUCUCACCAUGAUUGUCGUUCAUUUGGAUACAUUGGAUGUGGUUCGUCGCUCACAACUGGCACCGGGCGAGUCGCCAUCGCUAGAUGUGCGCGAGGCCGUGGAGUUGUUCUCGCAGGCUGUGAUGCCCAGCCUCCUGAUGUACGUCAGCGAAGCACCGUUCAACAUCAUCAUCGGUCUUCUGGGAUUGGUCAUUGCCCAGACCCACGUGCAGACGGUGGCCAAGACUCGGAUCGGACUGGGUAUCUUGACCAUGAUGCUCAGUCGCGCGGAGAUCGUCAAGGAAGCCGGACAGGCUGAGGAACGGGAUUGGCAGCAAUGGGUUGAGAAGUUCAAUGUGCUGUUUGACACCCUGGAGCCGAUUUUUGCUGAUAUCUUCCCUGCUUCCAUCAAUGCUGGCGACGAUAUGUACGUGUGGCAGUUCUUGGCGGCUGUUGGUAUUGGAGCUAGCCCCGAGCAGCAGCAACGUUUGGUUAUUGCAGUGAAGGACCGAGUCAUGGAGACGGUGAACUACAGCAAGACGCUCCCCCCUGAUAUGGGAAGCCAACGACUUGGAAACGUCAACCUUUUCAUGCGUGCAAUUGGCCUUGACGUCGAACUCCUCGGAUAA